AGUCGCUUAACGUUUUGUUUUGGCGCGCGGUUUGUCUAAUGUUUUCAAUUUCAAAUAUUACGAUUAAAAACGAAACUAAAAUAAAUCUGUGAGUAAAAUUAACAUGGCAGAACUUCAGCAAACACGUAUUGAAGUAAACAACGCAUUUAAGCUCAGCGGUUUCACUAUGCGGCGGGAAGCGAGUACGUUUGUAGCCGAACAGCUGGUUGGAUUAUCACAUCAAGAUCGGAAGAAAAUGCUUGACAAAUUGAUAGCACAUCUUUUACACCAGUGUCUUUCGCAACCCGUCUUGGAAAAGCAACACUUGGAAGUAGCGUAUAGGGAAUGUUCAUCUUCAGGUCUGGAGGAAACUGAGACAGUUCUCAACAUAAUAGAUGCAUUCAGUAUCCCAAAACUCCUCUAUGAUACUGAAAGGAAGAGGUUCUCUAAGGAUGUUAAUGCUGCUAACAAUUUAUAUCCAGAGGCCAAGUGGAAGGCUCAGUUUUUGAUAGACAGGUAUACAUUAAUAUGGCAGAGGACUAUAAGGAACAAAUUAUUUGCCAAGGAAACAUUGCCGUCCAUGGAAAGCGAAAACAAAUUUCAGCUACGUAAAAUAGAGGUGUUACAGAGUUCCUCAAGCAGAGUAGACGAUGUGAUUGUGCUCGGCUUACUAACCCAGUUGACGGAAGGGAAAUAUUAUUUAGAAGAUCCGACCGGCAGUGUGCUUUUAGAUAUGACACAAACAAGAUAUCAUUCUGGCCUAUUUACGGAGAGCAGCUUUGUCCUUGCUGAAGGAUAUUACGAUGAUAAAGUUUUACAUGUCAUGGGCUUGGUUUUACCUCCCUCAGAAAGCAGAGCAACUUCAUUACCGUUUUUUGGAAAUUUAAACACUUUCGGAGGAAAAUCUAAAUGUUUGUUGAAAAAUUCUCAGAAUUUGCUAAAAAUAGAGCAAGACAAUGAGGAUGGGAUGAUUAUUUUUCUUUCAGAUGUAUGGUUUGAUAACCUCAAAGUCAUAUCAAAGUUGAAGACUUUAUUCUCUGGUUACAACGAGUUCCCACCUAUAGCUAUAGUCUUUUUAGGUGAAUUUCUCUCAUGUCCGUAUGGUUACGAACACAGUACACAAUUGAAAGCUGCCUUAAACAAUUUGAGCGAUAUUUUGUAUCCAUUUACAAGACUAAGGGACGCAUGCAAGUUUAUCUUUGUACCUGGCCGAGGGGACCCGGUCGCUCCAAACAUGUUACCUAGACCGGCAAUUCCGAACUCUAUCACCAAAGACAUAAGAGACAAGUUGGGUGAUUCUGUGAUAUUUACAUCCAAUCCGUGUAGAAUACAGUACUGUACCCAAGAAAUUGUGGUUAUAAGGCAGGACUUGGUUACUAAAAUGUGUAGAAAUUCAAUACAUUUCCCAGAGACCGGGGAUAUACCUGAUCAUUUGACAAAGACUCUGUUAAGUCAAUGUACAUUAUCUCCAUUAUCUUUGGGUGUUCAACCAAUUUAUUGGAAGAAUGCAGAUGCUUUAUCAUUGUAUCCGAUGCCAGAUUUGGUGGUUGUUGCGGAUCACUUUCAACCGUACACUAGAAUGUAUCAAAACUGUCAAGUGUUAAAUCCAGGGUCUUUUCCUCGCACUGAGUAUUCCUUCAAAGUGUAUGUUCCAGCUUCAAGAACAGUUGAAGACUCACAAAUACCUAACGAGGAUGAUACUUGAAACCUGUAACUGUAUAAAAUUGUUAACUGUGAUAUACUUUGUAAGAAAAUCUUGAUUGGCUGUUAAAUAAAAUGUAUGAACUGGUUAAUAAACUUUAAUUUCUGUAAUUCAUUGUUAACUGGAACUAUAUUAUCAGAUGCCCGCAACUUCGUCCUCAUGAAAUUGACAAAUGUAGCGGAAACCAUGGAUUUUUCUGCAUUAUAAAGUAGCCUACAUGUAGCUCAACAACAUCCUCUAUCUCCCAGUGAAAGUCCUAUUUAAAUCCGUUGAGUCAUUCCAAUGAUUAGUCUAGACAGACAGACUGACAAAAAUUUGCCAUAAGCACUUGCAUACGUAUCAAAUUUUAGUAUUCAUUAAAAAUGGGGAAAUGAAAUUAAAUAAAUAAUCUUUGCUGUGUUUUAAUAGAUCUGUAUUUACAUUAACAACUUAUUAUCAUUUUCAUCCUAUUUAACUAGUAAGGUAAGUAUGUAAAUUAACUUCUAAAUUAGUAGCCAUUUCACAUUCAAUAUAAUAAAAUUAGUUGAAUAGGUAUAAUUUACAUGAAGAAUAUUUCUUAUGAACGAGCUGAAUAAGCUGAAGUGUCCAGCUGUGUGGUAAAAAUAAGAGGUUCAAAAAUGCACCACAACAUAGAAAACAUUAUGAACUUCGUCAAACACCAAGUUGAUUAAUUGUUUUUAUAAGUAGCAUAGUUUGCGAUUGCAAUAAUUACAUAAAUAGUUGAUUAAUCUAAAAUACUUUAAUAGGCACAAUCUUCAGAGGCAAACUUAUAUCACGCGCACUGUUGGGUCCAUAACAACGCUAUAAACUAUGUUUUUUUUU